ACAGCAUCACCACCCCCUCACCAUCACCACUACUACCCUACAUCUCAACCCUCCCUUCCUCUCUUCUCUCCGAAGCUUCACAGAUACCCUACCCAAACCUCCCACCCAAAAAACCAACUCAACCACAAUGCCCUCCCUCAAAGAAAGCUCCAUCGCCUUCAUCGGCGGCGGCAACAUGGCCUCGGCGAUCAUCAAGGGCCUGGUCGCGCAGAACAUCGAGAAGCAGAAGAUCAUCGUCGCCGAACCUUGGGAGGUCAACCGGUCUAAGAUGGAUGCCAUUGGCGUGCGCACGACGACCGACAACGUCGCCGCCGGCGGGGACGCCGACAUCGUGAUCAUCGCCGUCAAGCCGCAGAUCACCAAGACCGUGUGCCAGGAGCUGGCCGGCUCGUGGGCGCAGCGCUCGGCUCUCCCCAUCGUCGUCAGCAUCGCAGCCGGCAUCACCAUGAAGAGCCUGCGCGAGUGGGUGCAGACGAGCGACGGCCGCGCCGCGCACAUCGUGCGCGUCAUGCCCAACACCCCCGCGCUGGUGAACGAGGGCGCCUCCGGUCUGGUCGCCAGUGAAGACGUCACGGCACAGGAGAAGGAGGUCAUCAAUGAACUGCUGGGCAGUGUGAGCAAGGCGACGGAGUGGGUAGAUCGUGAGGAGCUCUUGGACGUUGUCACCGGGUUGUCUGGAUCCGGCCCUGCCUAUUUCUUCGCCAUGGUCGAGCAUCUGGUGGCCAGCGCCACCGCGCUGGGUCUGUCCAAGGAACAGGCGACCCGGCUGGCGGCGCAGACGUGCCUGGGUGCCGGCAAGAUGUUGGUGGAGUCGGACGAGGAGCCCGCGCAGCUGCGCAAGAACGUCACCAGCCCCAAUGGCACUACGCACGCGGCCCUGCAGACCUUCGAGGCGCUGAACUUCAAGGACAUCGUGGACAAGGCCGUGCAGUCCGCUACGUCUCGGGCGGAGGAGCUGGGCAAGACCCUCGGCUAAAUAUGAUCUUCGUUGAGUACAAAAAUGCCAUAAAGUUUCAUAAUUCAAACUUUCUUUCCAUCCAGCUACAAACUCUUCUCUGGAGAAUCUUAGUGCUUGGACAUUGGCAACUUUUUGUCACCAUGGAACACUUGAAGGUGCCUUCAAAUUAACACAAACUCUGAAGACCCACUACCACUCCCGGUUAUAGCUGCUUUAUGCACAAAAUUACAAUUCAAUUGCAG